AUGGUCAUAGCCAACUUGGCAGGCAUCGCUGUAUUUGUCACAGGAGGAAUUGGUGGCGUUCACAGAGGAGUGGAAGCCACUAUGGACGUGAGUGCUGACCUGACAGAGCUGGGUCGGACACCGGUCACUGUAGUAUCCUCUGGGGUUAAAUCAAUACUAGACAUUGCCAGGACUUUAGAAUUCCUUGAGACACAAGGUGUUUGUGUGGCAACUUAUGGUCCUAGUAGAGACUUCCCUGCCUUUUUCUCACCACGAAGUGGACUUUUGUCCCCAUACAAUGUUGAGGACCCAAGUAGUGCAGCCAGACUGAUAGAUAGCCAUGAGAGACUUGGUGUUCAGAGUGGAGUCCUGAUAGCCGUCCCUGUACCGGAGGACCAGGCAGGCCAAGGAAAACUUAUAGAGGAUGCCAUACAGAUAGCUGUGACAAAGGCAAG